AUGAGAGGUUUCGGUUUGAUUUUGUGUCUAAUAUUUAAUUACGUAUUUGCGAAGCACGAAUUUUAUGAAGGUCAUGGCCUGUACCAAGUGGACGUGAUUUUUGUGGAACAAACACAGUACCUCCAAGAAUUACAAUCCAAAUAUGCCAUCGAUGUUUGGAUUAACGCACAUCCAGGGAGGCAAGGGCAGAUUCUCGUUCCUGAUUACCUGAAAGAAAAGUUCGAAGAAGAACUUAAAGUUGCUGGAAUUGGAUACACAUUACUAGUAGAAAAUAUCAAGGAGAAAUUGGACUUGGAAGAUUCUUUGUUAGAAGCUGCUGCAGCUAGAACCAAUAGGUCCAAGUCUAGUCCUGGAUUGUCGUUUGAUGUUAUCCACAGAUAUGACGUGGUUGAUCAGUAUCUAGUGGACUUGGCCAAUAGCUACCCUGAAACCGUCACCGUUGUUUCGGCUGGGAAAAGCGUCGAAGGCAGGGAUAUCAAGUAUCUAAAAAUUUCCACAACAAAUUUUCAGGACACUAGGAAACCAGUAGUGAUGCUCCAAUCUCUUCUUCACGCGAGAGAAUGGGUGACCCUUCCAGGAACACUUUACGCUAUUGAGAAACUGGUGAUCGAUGUAACUGAGAGCGACCUUCUCCAAGAUAUUGACUGGAUCAUCCUGCCCAUUGCCAACCCUGACGGAUACGAAAUUUCUCAUACAGAAUUUCGAUUCUGGCGCAAAAAUCGCGCCCCUCACGCUUGUAUGGGCGGCGUCGACCUUAAUCGCAAUUUCGACGUCUUCUGGGGAAUAUGGUCCAGCUCGAAUCCUUGCGCCGAGGAUUACCGUGGGCCGUAUGCUUUCUCCGAACCAGAGACCGCGAUAAUCCGUGAUAUUCUACACGAAUAUAGAAACCGCUUGGAAGUCUACAUUGAUCUCCACAGUUUUGGCAGCAUGAUCUUAUUUGGCUAUGGUAACGGUCAGCUUGCGCCUAAUGCACUGACGCUCAAUUUCCUUGGAGUCCAGAUGGCACAGGCCAUUGAUGCUGUCAAAUGGCCCCAGAAUAGAAAUUACAUUGUGGGUCAUAUUCCGUCAAUCCUUUACAGGGCUUCUGGUGUGUCUAGCGACUACGCUACUAGUGUGGGUAUACCAUUAAGCUAUACAUAUGAACUGCCAUCCUACAGGGGUAUUGUCGGCACAUUACAAGGCUUUCUGGUGGAGCCUGAAUUUAUUGCUCAAGCUGGAUUCGAGACAUGGCAAGGUAUCAAAGUGGCAGCUCGAUUUGCUGUCAGGAAUUUCAGAAGCCGUACUACUGAAAAGUAG